AUGAAGAAAGGCGCAUCGAAACGCAGGCGCGACGAUGACGAUGGCGAUGUUUCGAUGACGGGCGAUGAUGAUGAUAGCAGAAGUGGUGCAGCCGUGAAAGUGGAAGUGCCGAAAGGAAAAGAAAAAGAAGCUGAAUUCACCGCUCCAAAAGGGCAAAAACUAACCGAUCUCGAUGAUGAAGGUGUGGCAACCGCCCGUGAGCCUCACUCAUCCGAAGGAAACGUCAUCGAGCAGACACACUACAUUGUCGUACCCUCCUAUGCUGCAUGGUUCGAUUACAACGCAAUUCAUCAAAUCGAGAAACGCGCGAUGCCCGAAUUUUUCAACGGAAAGAACAAGAGCAAAACGCCGGACGUCUACGUUGCUUAUCGUAACUUUAUGAUUGACACCUAUCGGCUGAAUCCGUUCGAAUACGUGUCUGCCACAGCGUGUCGGCGAAAUUUGGCUGGAGAUGUGUGCUCUAUAGUCAGGUUGCACUCGUUCCUGGAGCAAUGGGGGCUUCUGAAUUAUCAAGUGGAUUCGGAUGCGAGACCGGCGCCAGUUGCACCUCCACCGACUUCUCAUUUCAUGGUUUUGGCGGAUACACCGACUGGAAUUCAGCCAAUGAAUCCACCGCAUAUCAAUGCUGCAAAUGCAGCGAGAGAAGGAGAGGUUAAGGAUGAGAUUAAGACGGAGAUCGAUUCCAUCACCGAGCCCGGACUCAAAACUGAUCAAUAUCAGAAGCAAGCGAUGGCAUUGAGGACGAAAGGAGCAAAUCCGGGACGAGACUGGACCGAUCAGGAGACGUGUCUGCUUCUGGAGGCCUUGGAAAUGUUCAAGGAUGACUGGAACAAAGUUUGCGACCACGUUGGCACCCGUACCCAACACGAAUGUGUCAUGAAAUUCUUGCAACUUCCUAUCCAAGAUCCAUACCUCGCUGACAGCGCUUCCGCUGGCGACGCUGGAGCAAAAGAGGUUUUGGGACCACUCGCCUUCCAGCCAAUCCCAUUCUCUCAAUCCGGAAAUCCUGUCAUGUCUACUGUUGCAUUCUUGGCUUCAGUGGUUGACCCACAAGUCGCUGCGGCUGCCACCAAGGCUGCUAUGGAAGAGCUCGCCAAGUUGAAAGAAGAGAUUCCUCCGCUUGUCGUCGAGGCGCAUGAGAAGAAUGUGGCGGCGAUGGCCGAGAAGACAGGACAAAUUGAUGGCUCCAUUGGCCUGACGAAGAGUGGUUUGAAGCCCGUGGAUGACGGAGAGGGAACAAGUACUUCUGGUGCUCCUGCUGGAGAUGCUGAAGAGAAAAUGGAUACUUCGGAGAAACCGGCAGAAGGUUCCAUUCCAUCAACUGAAAAAGCCAAAUCUGACAUUGAUAAGGAAGUUCAAGCUGCUGCUGCCUCUUGUCUAGCUGCCGCCGCUGUCAAGGCUAAACAUCUCGCUCAAAUCGAGGAGCGUAGGAUAAAGUCGUUGGUGGCUCAACUCGUUGAGACUCAGAUGAAGAAGUUGGAGAUGAAGCUCCGUCAUUUUGAUGAGCUCGAGCAGAUAAUGGAUAAGGAGCGCGAGUCGUUGGAGUACCAGCGUCAUCAACUGAUUCUAGAGCGUCAGGCGUUCCAUAUGGAUCAGCUGAAAUAUUUGGAGAAUCGAGCGAAACAUGAGGCUCAUACACGGUUGACGACUGCGGGAACAUUACCAGCUGGAUUGCCACCUGGUUUUGAGGUCACCGGACCACCACAGCCAACACCACAAGUGCAGAUUAGUGCUCAGGAGGCGGGACCGGAGAAGAUGGAUACCACGGAGGCGCGUGCUCCAUCCGUUCAUGCUCCACCACCGGCUCCACAACAAAUGCUUCCACCACAACAGCCACCACCACAACAGAUUCCACCACCAGUGCAACAGCAACAACCGCCACAACAACAGAUUCAACCUCCACAACAAAUGCCGCCACAACAGCAAAUGCCACCACCUCAGCAACAACAGCAGCAACUCCCACCAACUCCACAACAAGUCCCACCACAACAACAGGCUCCACCACCACAAGGAUAUCCAGGAGGCCCACCACAAGGUUAUCCACAACCAGGACAACAACAAGGACCACCAUCACAACAAGGUCAACCAGGCGGCUAUCCUCCACCACCACAAUCCCGUUAUCCACAAGGACCACCACCGCCACAGCAGGGAUACCCAGGUUACCCACCACCACAGGGACACUAUCCAGGACAGCCGGGACCCGGACAACAGUACUAUGCGCCACAAGGACAGCCACAAUAUCAUCCGGGAGCCUAUCCACCGCCACAACAACGGCCACCGUAUCAGGCGUCUCCGUAUCCAGGACCACCACAAGCGCGUGCUCCAUAUGGAUACCCACCACAACAAGGUCACCCCGGAUACCCAGGACCACCACAACAGUACGGUGGAAUGCCACCACACGGUCAGUACCCACCACAGCAAGGCGGACCAAUGGGACCACCACAUCAGCCGCAUGAGGAGGGAGGACAAGGAGAUCAGAAACAGGAAUAA